AUGGUUGCCGCUAAGGCCUUGGCAAAUGGCACCGGAAGUAUACAACACUGGCGACGCGCAUUUUGGCGCGAGCUCGCCAGCCUGCGUGGCUCUCAGAGCCCUUGGAACUGGGCUUGGAGACUUCAUGUCACAGCGAGAUCCAGGAGACGGUUAGUGCUGCACAUUAACGCCCAAACCAGGCCGAGCCGCCGGGCCCUUGAGGCCAACGCCGCGCUAAGACAGGGCACACCUCCUCUCGGUUCCGGGCUUAAUUUGUAA